AGUUAGAUAAUAGUCUAUAGUUAUUUUAAAGAUAUUCUCAUAUAUAAUAUAUAAAUUAAACGAACACACUUUAGCCUCAGGUAUUUCGUGGGAGUUAAUUCAAGCGUGGGAAUACGUCGAAGGAAGUGUCUUUUGCAACACGUAUUUUAACCUCCAGUUUAAUUAUUAUUUUUUUUAUUCAUCUUCAUAAAUUUCAAUUAUUCUACUCAAAUAAUCUACGAGCAAUAAUAAACAUUCCAAGACUGUGAAAAACAAUAACAAUAAUAAUAAUAAUAAUAUUUAUUAAUAAUGAUAAUAACUGUAAAUUAAUUCCGUAAGUUGCGUGAUCAUUGAAUUUUUCUCCUCUCAAAGUCUCAAAUGGUUCAUCGGUUCGUGGUACAAAAGUAUUAAUUUGGUUCAUACAUUUAUAAAUGAUAUAUGUACAGACAGAAGACGUACAUGUGUAUACAUGUGUUAAAAGUACAAAUACAUAUAUGUAUAUAGUAUACAUUGCAAUUUAGUGUGAUUGUAUAUUUGCGUGUGUAGUAUUGUUGUGUGUAACAGCCGCCAUCUUGCUGGUUUAGCAACUGACAUCUCUUUUUAAUAUUAUUAUCAAUAAUUUAUUAACGAAUUUUAAAUGUGAUCCGUUAUCACAGGACAAUAAUAUCAAAAUUACAGUAAUAUAUAUUUAUUAUUUAUUUAAAUUUAUCUGUGGUACGUCAAAAUUAAAUUAAAAAAAAAAAGGAGUAGAAAAAAAAUAACAAUUAACCCAACCUCUGUGCUUGGUGCUUUUUAGGGUUCAGCAGAAUAGCUGACUUAUAAUUAAGUGAUUUAAAUAAUAAAAUACAUUGAUACGCUUAAUAUAUCAGCCAAAUAUAGUAAAUAUAAGUUUAUUAAUCCAAGUGACAUUAUUUUAUUAAGUAUAUGGAUAUGAUACAUGCUUGAAUUGAUUGUAUUUUCGAGGUUGGAUGUCGAGGAAACAUAACCAAAACCUCUGGUUUAUAUACACCUUGCUGGUGUUUGUCAACUUUUACUGAUAAAUAAAUAUCUGAUGAUUACUACGUCACGUGAAUCUCAAUUCUGAUAUAUUUUUGUAAUUAUAAUUAUUAUGAAAAUUUGAUUUCGUGUUUAUUUGGUUGUUAAUUAUGAAUGGAUACACAAGGUGGAACAGUUGGGAGUCAAACUUGUCAUCGAUGAAGAUCCCGGCCGAGGAGGCUUUUGAGAUGGACAAUAAAUUAAAGUUUUCGGAUCGUCUUAAAGCUCUGCUAAAAACAGAGGCACGUCAAGACAUCGAUCCUUAUAUAUUCAGUGAACCAGAGCCAUUUCACGGUGCGGGUAAACAUAACAAUGCUGAGUCAACGAAAAAUUCGCGGAUGAGUGGGAGUAAAAAUAACGGAUCUAAGGGAAAAUGUUCGAGAAAAAGGAUAAAAGUCGAACAAAAUGCUGGACCAAGCGAAAAUGUUGCAUCUGUUAUGGACAAUACGAGGUUAGUUGGAGAUAACAGCAGUCUGAGGAAUGUAGAAUUGAGAAUUGGUCAUGGAUCACGUGUCAAGGAAGAUUCGAUCAGAGAGCCUGCGAGAAGAUUCAGCAGAGACCACUCACUGCUUUAUUAUCCACGUGCUGGAGAUGAAAUAUCUGACAGUGACAGCAGCAGUGAUGAACUGGCUGUUUAUCAGCGGCACUGGUUUUCUGGUGAUACGAGUAAUGUUCCAAGAGCCACCAGGUUAACUUUGUUGAGGUCACAGCUACGUCGACGUUUAAUUCAAUUACACAAGGACGGAAAAGAGUCUGAGACGCUUCUUCAUAAAAGAACACGACGGUUGUUGGAAGCUGCGUGCAGAAAUCAAAGAUUGUUGAAUGGACGUUUGACAUCAGCGAGUAUUAAUAAAAAAGAAACAACGGAGCAUCUUCUUGUUGGCGGUCCCUGUCUAGCCGAGGGCUGUCAAUUGACAUCGUUACCCUGCACGCGUCAUUGUUCUCGCCACAUAAUGCUUAAUUCUGAUCAGCUAUUAUUUGAACACUGCACUGCCAAAUUUAGCGACAAUACCCAGUGCUGCGUGCCUGUAUUUGACGUUGCUCACGAGUUACCUUUGUGUCCAGAGCACGCACGUAAGCGUGAUAAUUAUCAUCGCAAAGCUCAGGAAUCUAAACCAAAAAAAUCACGUAAAAAACCAGCCUCACCCACUAGCAUUCCAAGACCCAAGAGUACCAGUAGCAGUAGCAGUAAGUCACGCCCGAAAAAACGAAAACGACCACCUUCUAUUAAACCUAUUGACAUAAAGCCUAAUGUAAAUAUACGACAUUGUCAACAACAACAACACCACCACCACCAGAAUCAACAACAGCAGCAGGAAGAGACUAUUCAUAUAGAUAAUCAUCAUCCCAGUCCGAUAAUUGCACCGACAAUCACACCGCAUAAUAAUAUAUGUAAUAAUACAAAGACAUUGAAUAUUGUUGCGCAAAAUAUACCGACGAAUCCAAUCACUAACAAUCUUAAUCUUGGAUUGGGACUUGGUUCACUGGGUCUUGGUCCAGGUCUAAAUACAGGUCUGAGAGUUGAAUUAGAUCAAGAAGUAUUUGCAGCUCUUGAUCCAAAUGAACAUGACUUUGGUAAUGUUCUCAAUACUCUACCUGUUGAUCUUAAUGAACUUUUCUUAGAAAGCCGUAAUGGUGAAUAUGAACAACCAUCAAAAGAAGAAGCUGAAGAACUAGAACGUGCAUUGGAAGAAGUUGACAAAGAUGUGCGAAGUCUUGAACAAAUGGAACAGACUCGUAGCUUAUUAGAACGUAAUUUAGAACGAAUGGAACAGACACACGGUCUUUUAGGACGUAAUCUAGAACAUUUAGAGUCAAGUCACGGUCUUUUGGAACGAAAUUUAGAGCAAUCACACGGUCUUUUAGAGCCAGCUCUUCUUGCCCAGUUGAUGUCUGAUAUCGCAUCGUAGCCUCCGUCCGAACAGAACUGAAUUUUUAAUCUGUCGACAUUUGUAUGACGACUUAUUAUUAAUAUUAAUUGGGAUGUAGCUAGAUUGACGAAUUGAUUGGAUCUAUACCUCACUUUGUUUUAUUUUUUUUAUCUAAAAGUCUGUCUUUGUCUCUUGAAACAGGUAAUAAUAAUAUUUAUGUAUUAAUCUAGCGUCUACUAGGUCAAAUGAAACAUAAAAAACAAAACAAAUUAAUACUAAGCAUCAGAUUAAUGAUGUUUUAAUACAAACAAAAUUUAUCCAGUUAAUUGGCGAGUGUACAAAAAUCAAGUUAAUUAUUUUUAAAAAACAUGAUCUAUUAUUUUUGCCGUAGAACGUGCGAAUUUCUUCGUACAUUCAAAGUAGAUGUAUAAAAAAAAACAGCACCAAUUACUAUUAUUAUUAAUAUUAUAUUUUGCGAUAUUAUUGUACAUUGUUAUUUUAGUUUAAACAAGAAAGCAAAACAAAAAAUGCACUGUGAUUACUUUUAUAAUUACGGCAAAAGUCUUUUAGGGAGUAAAUGAAAAAAGUCAUUGGUUCUUUAUACUUUUUUUUCCAAUAGUGUAUCAUAAAUAAUUACUAACAGUAAUAGUCAUUAAACCAUUUAGUUGAUUAGAUUAAUUAAAUAAUAAUUAAGAUCGUUGAGAUUUUUUUUUAAUUAAUGAGGACAGAGGAAUGUCGUCAAUUAAUUUAUAAUUUAAUGAUAAGUAUAAAAAAAUAAUUAAAAAAAAGGAAAAAAAAAUAACGAUUGAUUUGUAAAUGUAAAACUAGAUAAAUUUUUCAAUUUCGAUGGAGAUUUUGUCAUCUGUAUGUUUGAAUGUCGCUUUGUAAAUAUUGCUGGUCGAUAAAAAAAAAUACAAAAAAAUUUACCAAUUUAUUGUAUGUAAAUUAUAGUUACGUAAUAAUAACAUAAUGAAUGGGUAAUAAUCACUUUUUACUAUCGUUCAUAGUAGAAUUUUUCGCGUUCGACUGUUUACAAAAAAAAAAAGUAUAUAUAUUUGAUUAAUAAUUUAUCAACAAAAAAAUCAAUAAAUAAAUAAGAACAAAUUGUUACUGAUAGUAGAAAAAAAGGAGCAUUGAAAAUAAUAAUUAAUUGUGAAUACAUCACCUGCGUAGUUAACACCUGAGUAGGCAUCAGGUAUAUUUUACACGAACAAUGAUAAUUUUAUAGCCAAAAGUUGACUGACUGUAUUCGUUAAACAUAAUAACAAAGCAAACAAACAUAUUUCAUUCAUAAUAAGUGAAAUUGUUUAAGUGAAUUUUUAUUAAAAAAAAAAAAAAAAAGUAAUAAAUAGCUAAACAAAAUAAAGAAAUUACUUGCUAGUACAACCCAUAUUGGGCAUCAAUAUCUUUUUAAAUGUGCUAGUUAAUUAUUUAAAAUGUAGAUUUAAAAGAAAAAUAAUUGUAACAGUACAUUUGGUGAUUUAAAAUUAAGUUGUAUAAAAAACAAGGUAACAAAACAAAAAACAAAUGAUAAGUUUAAUAAUUAACAACAAACUCGUGUAGGAGUUUUGCGGAGUUAUAAAUAGUUAGUAAUUGGGACGCUUGACAAAUUGCUACUUUGUUGAGGUCCUAUUUGUGUAUGCUCUUGUAAAAAAUUGUCAUUAUUAUUAUUAAUUAUUAUUAAUAACUAUUAUUAUUAUUAUUAUUAUCAACUAGGCAGUAAUAAUUAUAAUAAGCAUAUUUUUUA